GACGACGACGUGCCCGCGGAGAGACCCAGUCGGUGGUCCAUGGCAGCAUCGCGGACGGCGAAGGCCCUGGAGAACCUGCGGGUGGGCGUACGGGUCCUCGGGCACUACGAGCAAGAGGACAACUACUGGCAUGAAUACAGUUUGGUCAGCAGGAUCACUGCGGCCAAUCGGGUGGUGGUCACUCCACGCAGUGACAUAUGCGAGGAAGAUACUGCAGACGCCCUGUACCUCUGUCAGGUCGGCCCCACUGGAGGCUUGUCCACGAAGCUGUCGGGCCACAUCCUCAGCACAGACAUCGUCCUCUUCAAGAGGCACGAAGGGAGGCUGCUCAUCGAGGGCAAGCACCUCGCUAGCGAGAUCUGCCAACAGGAGGGCCUCCCCGAGGAGCCACAAGGGGCGCCCGCGCCUCCGCCUGCACCCGAUGGUGGUCUGGAGGAUCGCGCUGACGCAGGUGAUGUUCCUCGCUGGGUUGUCUUGGAGGCUUGCGCUGGCUACCGACCAAGUGACGGGCUUCAAGCAGGCACCGUGCCCGGCGCCAUUGCCGGGGAUGGGGGCAUCUGCGAGCCUGCCGAAGGGUUCAAGCUGGCAGUCGCGAAGGCCGAUACCUACAAGGGCACGCCCACCGCCUGGCAGGACCGCCAAGCUGCAGAGCAGACUCGUCGAACCCUCCUCGUCAAGUGUGGUGGCGGCGGCAACAGGGUCAGAGUCUUCGCCGGGUCAGGGGACACCACGACCUCCAACUCGCAGCUGGACUCCCCUGGCUGCAGGAGGGAGCAGCAGUACUCAAAGGGCGCCGCAAAGGACGUGAAGAAAAGAGUCUUGCUCGAGGAUCAGUGGCUUCUCAACGGCAUCGCCUCCCUCAACGAGCUGGGCGGGCAGGGGCGCCACGUGCCCGCCUCCGCCCCGCUCACGGCGGCCCAACGUGCUGCAGUGAGGCGGUUGGCCACGACCUACGGCAAGUGGUCGCCGCCCGUUGAUCGCCCUAGUCCCCAUGAAGCGUGGGCGACGCUACAGGGUCUCAGGCCUGGCUACUCUGAAGUCGAGGCCUCCGGUUCUCGAACAGUCUACCAGCGGGGAAACAUCUCUCUCCCCAAGAUCGGUGCGGGUAAGGUGGCUCUUACGGAGGUCCUCCCGACUGACCUGCAGAACAAGCUGGAGACUGGGCGCGGGCUGUUGCGAUCCCCAGAGGAGGCAGCAACGCUAAUUCGUGAUGCAGGUGCUCCUCGUGCCAUGGGCCCGAAGCUUGGGCGGCUCGGCUACGACUACGGCCACGCUCUGGGGGAGCUCUACACCUCCGGGGUGAUCGAGGCCAGCUCGGAGCCGGUUUUGGAGGAAGCUGGCAUGUUUUUUGCGGCUCGCAAGGACAAGCGGUUGCGUCUCAUCUGCGACACCAGGACGCCUAACAUGCACUUUACCACGCCAGAACACACGGCAGUCGCGACGGGUGAGGCUUUGUCCUCGCUGGAGGCGUCGGGAGUCAAUAUGAUCGGCAUGAGUUCUGGAGACGUCGACUGCUGUUUCUAUCAAUGUGCAUUGCCGCCCUGGUGCAGGCGCUACUUCAACCUCCCGCUGAUCGAGAGUCGCUUCCUGCCGCCGGAGGUUCGGAGCGCCUGCGGAUUGUCGUUGAAGAGCGGCCAGGUACGCUUUCGAUUCAAGGUGGCGCCCAUGGGCUGGAGCUGGGCGGUGCACUUUAUUCAAGAAGCACACCUUCACCUGGUCAAGUCAGUUUUGCCAUCUCAGCCAUGGUGCUUGGACAAGUGCCCUGGCAUUGACUUGAACACUGAGGAUGUCAAGGUCCUGUGCAUAGACCACUUUGCCGUGCUGUCCCAGUCGCCCUCCCGUGCCGCCACCGCCGUCGCUGACAUGCAGGCGGCGCUCGCGGCCAAGGGCGCGGUCUCCGAGCUAGACCCUGCUCCGGCCGAGCGCGGCGAGCUGCUGGGAUGCGAGCUCGACCUGCAGACGGGCUGCUGGCACGUGCUGGGUCGCAGGCUCUGGCGGGCCCACGGCGCCCUGGAGCAUGUUCCCACGGGGCGGGCCAAGGUCUCUGGCCAAGAGCUCGAGCGUUUGAUCGGCCACCUGGUCUCCAUCCUGAUGCUGCGCCGGGAGGGGCUGGCCAUGCUGCACUCCUCAUAUGAGUUCGCGCAGGCGUCCUACUCCAAGAAGCAGCCGCUCUGGAAGAGCGUGGUCCGUGAAAUGGGCUGGGUCAAGGCACUACUGCCUUGCCUUCGGGCCGACGCUCGACGCCCGUGGAGCGAGGUGGUCACUUGCUUCGACGCAUCUCCUUGGGGCUACGGGAUCGUGGAGACCGAGUGGGGCCUGAAGGAUGCGCAGCGCGUCGGCAGGGUCUCCGAGCGCGCGCGGUUCCGCGGCGUGCUCGCUGCCGAGGGCGCCCCCCGCGAGAGGACGCUGGAGCAGGAGAUAGCGCGGGCGCCAGAGCCCGCCCUCUUGCUGGCCGGGCGCUCGGCAGGCUUCCCGGAGGUCGACUUCGGCAAGAUGCAUGCCCGGCCCUGGCGCGUAGUAGGCUGCGGCCGCUGGAAGCGCAAGGAGGCCAUCCACGGGCUUGAGGGGGCCGCUCUGACAUGGGCCGUUCGCCGGGCGGCCAGGGUGGCGAUGCUCCAGGCGGUGCCGCCCGCGCCGAUGGCCUUGGCGAGCUACUGCUCCGGCCCUCGCGCGCCGAGCGAGCGCAGGAGCCGCUUGCCUUGCCACCCGGGCAACCGAUGCCGGGGCAGGCCGAGGCAGGCCGCGUUGUCGGUGCUGGGCGAGCCCGAGAGCAGGCCAGACUUGGCUGGGCGGCACGCAAAGCUUGGCCUCAGUCGCUCGGAGAGCGACUUCAUCCAGAAGAGGCGCCAGCUGCGCCCGCGCCAGACCCGGCGUGCUUCGGCCAAGUGCAGGACUCGCACGCAGGUGCCCUACCUCGGAAUGAUCCUCGGCUUGGUAUGCUGGCUGAACAUGGCCUUCCUCCUGGACUGGGCGCACCUCACGUGGGGCGAGACGCUGGGAGAGUGCGCCAAGUCGAUCUACGACCGCGGGGUCCUCAAGGCGGCUUCUCAGCGGCUGGGCCCGGCGCUUCGCUGGGCGUUGCCCGCCCCCCGCCAGGGCGGGAUCCGCGAGGUCCCCCCCCUGGCGCGCCAGGCGCUGAAGGGCUGGAACGUCCUGGGCCCGUCCAAACCCAGACCGCCCGUCCCGUUCUUGGUGGUGCUGGCGGUGGCCUGCGGGCGGUGCCGGGCGGGGAAGCCACUCUGUGGCUUGGCCGUUCUCGCCGGGUUCGUGACCUACAUGCGCCCGUCAAGAGUGCUGGAUUUGCGAGCAAGGCAGGUGGUCCUGCCGCUGCCAAGGGAAGGAGGUGUACCGAUCUUCUUGACGGUCGCGGUGCGGGCCUCAGUGUACGAGAUGCCAACCAAGACCCGCGAGUACGACCUUUCAGUUCGGCUCGACCUGCCCAGGCAACAGUUGGUGGUGAACCCGAUCUUCCUUGUGCGAGCCCUUCGGGAACCCGUCCACGCCUUCCUGGUCUUGGGCUACAACCAACGGGUGAAGGACUUCCAGAACACGACCCUUGCUCGGAGCGUGUGCUUACGCAAGGCCACCCCUUGCCCCCUCCAGCAUGGAGGGGCCAGCCACGACCGGAGCACGGGCGACAGAGACUCAGGCACCGUGCUGCAGCGAGGAGGGUGGAAGGCGUUCAAGUCCGUGCUGCGCUACGAGAAGCACGGACGCCUGCUGCUGGAACUACGCGAGCUCAGCGACCUGCUGCGCAAAACCCUCCGAGCAGCAAGCAGGGACUUCGUGGGCGUCUUCAACAGGUUCUUGGAGCUGCAUUUCGGA